AUGGCAUCUUCUGAAACACCAUCAUCACAACCACCAUCACAAGAAGCUUUUUCAACUCCUAAUUUAGUUCAACAUAAUGUUAGACAAAAGACUGAUAUAGCUUGGACACAUUGUACUAAAAGUCCUGAUGGAAAAACUCUUGUUUGUAUCUACUAUCACAAAGCAUUUGGUGGAGGUGGAAUUCAUAGGGUAAAGCAACACUUGGAUGGAGUAGUAGGAAAUGUUGAAAUUUGUAAGUCAGUUCCUACAAAAAUUCGUUUUCGGAUGAAUCAAUGUCUUAAUGAGCGGAGCAAGAAAAGAAAAACUCCAUAUGUGGCUGAAAGUGAGUCAUUUUCUGCAAAGGAGGGUGAAUUGCAAAUUCAAAUGCACCCACGAAUUGGUGCAUCUAAAAAGAAUGAUGCUCGCAUUGGUACUUAUUUCUUACCCAGAACAACUCCGGGAGCUCAACCUACUUUAAAAAGUGUGAUGCAAAUUAAAGAAGUGGUAGAAAAGUGUGAUAUUGCUAUUGCGAAGUGGUUUAUUGAUGCGUCUAUUCCUUUCAAUGCUGCAAAUUCGCCUUAUUUUCAACCAGCAAUUGAUUCUCUUUGUUGCAUGGGUGCUGGAUACAAAGUUCCUACUAUGCAUGCUCUUCGUGGUAAUUUGUUAAAUAAGUGGGUUGAUGACGUGAAGAUACAGUUAGAGCAAUAA